GUAAUUAGCAAACCCCUCCACGUCACACCAAUCACACUACCUUUACCACUUCCCAUUGUAAUUUUGGAUGGAUACUACCACUUGUACUCCGUACCGAAUACUCCAUUGGUUCUGGAAAGACUACCUAAUCUCGCCAUGUAUCCUCACUCGGAGCCUACAUUGGUCCUGGAUCCCGCCAUGUUAAUGGACUCAACAUUACCGGACGAGGAGGGUUCCGAUUAUGAGUACGAAUACGAUGAAAAUGAGACGGAGACCUUCUAUCUUAACCUCGACCUCACCUCUUCUCAUGGUCCCAUCCGGCCCCCUCGACGACGCGCGGACCUUGCGAUGGAUUCUUCAUCAGCUGCGGCUACUCCCGGUCUAUCAUCUGUCUCCGUCCACCGUCCCCGAAGCGAUGAGAAUGAGUCGGCUUUGGCAAGCACCGAGUCUGACAAUAGCCCCGCAGACGGGUUACAAAUUCUAGGCCUUCACACCCACAAUCCCGUCGUCUCAUACCAAAAUCAAGUUUUCAGCUGCUCCUGGGCCGAUCAAAUUGGCACCGAGUUACACUUCACGCACCCCGAGCCAGAACCUCAACCUACAGGGCCAGAACCUGAAACGGCAGCUGCCCGAGUUGUUCCAUUAAAGCUUGAUAAGAACGUCAGCCUCAUAGCUGCUAACAGUGUCAAGAUUCUAGGCCGCAGAGCGAACCUUAUCUCCAGUGCGGGCCCUGUCCAGCAUGCGCUCUACUCAGGUGAUGCACUAGACAUGACGGGAGGGGCAACCCGCAAAGCGGGGCCUCAAACAAACCAGGCUCUGUUUUUAGAAAGACUGAGGAGCAUCAAGCAAGCCAGGGGGGAAACAGACACUGUGCGCACCGUUUUCAGUCUAAAAAGGGCUCAGAAUCUCGAAGAGCGGUUGCGCGGUUGGGCGCGGACAGAAGAACAAUUGGCCGAGAUUCAGCAGCUUAACAAUGCCGCACUUCAAGGCAAUUCUGAUGCCAUAGCAGAACUGGAGAAUAUCUACAAUCAACUUGGUGCUCAAGAUCCUGCGUCGUUCGAAGAAUCGCUCCAACAGCGUUGAGUAUGCUCCAAGGCAGUCAUCCUAUGAACCUCAAAAACCCUGCCAAUUCGGUCACCAGUGGUAAAUAUCUUUCGUUACGUCACGUAUAUUCUCCGAGCUAGCAAUCUAACACAAGCAAUUUGCGGGGGCUUAAUAUACCACAUGAGAUGCACACCCCUGACCGAUGACGAACAUGAACAGAUCGAUUACUUUGGCUCCUAAAUCACUUCGGCCUUGGCACGAACUCGUUGAAACGGGUCUCAGGUCAUUCCUAACGACCUAGGUGACUUCUCUUCACUGACCAGUUUGUGCCCGCAUGGUAACCAAUGUGCAGCGUGGCACCUGACACAUGUUAAGAAAUGUCUAAAGGCUACUAUGCGUGGUAUACGAGGCCCGAGCCCGCCGAUUGAGACGGUUAUACGAUGUGCUUCAUAG